GUCUCUCACCGCGCCUUGGAUACCGUGUGAUCAGCAGCAGCAGCCGCACUGAGAGUGGAGGAGCCGUCCAGCAAACAGCCGACCAGCACAGCCAAAAUACAACCCAAACGAUGACCUUCCUACAGAUACGACAAAAGCAAACAAUUAUUUGACAACUUCCGACCGCACACCUUGCCUUCGCUGCUCCUUGCUGUAAGCGCCCCGCUCCAACUCUACAUCCUUCCCCCCCAGCCUCUCGGCCCUCCAGCAGGACCAUGAUGCUCAGCAGCUCUGUGGAGGUGCCCAGCCCGGGUGGGAUGAACGGUCUCAGCGGCCUCAGCGGUCUGAGCGCGGCGGCUCGUAACGUGGUGCGCUCCUCCAGCAUCUCGGGGACGAUAUACAACGUGGAGAAGAGUCCCGGCGGCGGGGGGGCGGACUCCACUUCAAUUGCUGGAAACAAGAAGCGGCGCUCCAGCCUCGGCGCCAAGAUGGUGGCCAUUGUGGGGUUGUCGCAGUGGAGCAAGAGCACACUGCAGCUCAACCAGCAAGAAGGUGGGACGAAGAAGCUUCGCAGCACCAUCCGACGGAGCACAGAGACCGGCAUCGCCGUGGAGAUGAGGAACCGAGUGACUCGGCAAGGAAGCAAGGACUCGACCGACGGCAGCACCAACUCCAACAGCUCCGAUGGAACGUUUGUCUUCCCUACAACACGCCUGGGCCCUGAGAGCCAGUUCAGUGACUUCCUGGAUGGACUCGGCCCCGCUCAGAUCGUAGGCCGGCAAACGUUAGCUACACCCCCCAUGGGGGAUGUCCAUGUAGGCAUGGUGGACAGAGGAGGGCAGCUGGAGGUGGAGGUCAACCAGGCCAGAAGGUUGACCCCUAAGUCGGGCUCCAAGAACACACCAGCUACCUACGUGAAGGUGUAUCUGCUGGAGAACGGCAUGUGCUUGGCCAAAAAGAAAACCAAAGUAGUGAAGAAGAAUCUGGACCCCACCUACCAGCAGGCUCUGUUGUUUGAUGAGAGUCCUCAGGGCAAAGUCCUACAAGUAAUCGUGUGGGGGGAUUACGGGCGUAUGGACCACAAGUGCUUCAUGGGAAUGGCCCAGAUCCUUCUGGAGGACCUGGACCUGUCUGCCACGGUCAGCGGCUGGUACAAGCUGUUCCCUACCUCCUCUCUGGCAGACCCCAGCAUCGGACCGCUCACCAGACGCCUCUCUCAGUCCAGCCUGGAGAGCGCCACCAGCCCCUCGUGCACCUAGACCCCCAGCAGACCCCCAGCAUACCCCCAGCAGAACCCCACAUGCACGGGCACAGAGUCAUGCAGACACGGACACGCGUACUGUAAAUACACAACGACUGUAUUCCAAGUGCAAGACAGGUAGACACACACACACACACACAUAUAUAUAUAUAUAUAUAUAUAUAUACCCAUGUGCAUCUGUGCAGGAACACACAUAUAGGUGCAAAUACCUGAUCGCCAUAUCCUUCAGUACGUCCAUAAUCUCACACACACACUGAUCAGUAUUUUAGUUGAGCAAAUCUAACUUGAAGUAGACUUCAUUUACCAGAACAUGUAGCAUUUCCCACCGUUCCCAUUAUCAACCUUUCCUACCAUGACUCAGCAAUUCUGCAUUCCCAGAUUUCAUCCCAGGCCCAUCCCAAUGCCAGUUUCUAAACUCUCUAUGCCAAACUAAGGGAAAAAAACACUUUAUUUUUUAAAAACCAAAGCAAUUGUAAUGUUGUUAUGAUAACUAUAAGUCGUAGGUGAAAUAGUAUAUAAUAUAAAGUAUGGAAAUGUAGCAGAGUCGAUGACUUAGAUGUAAUGCAAAAAAACACACACAUUCUACACACACGAGCUGGGAGCGGCGGGCCACACACACACACCUGGGCAACAGGCUUGGAUAUUCACAUAAUGGCUAUUAUGUGAGGUAGCAACACUGCUAUUCUAUAAUUUUCACACGGCAGAGUUUAUAUAUAGAUAUAAAUAUAUCAUAUAUAUAUAAAUAGAUAGUUAUAUACUUACUUGUGUUUAUGUAUGUAUGGGCUGCAUUCUGCAUGUUUGCUUGCAACCUUUUGUAGAGACAUUUUAAAGUGCUUCAAUAUGUUUGAUUUUGCUUGCUUCGGCCAAUGUAACAGGAGCUGCUUUAUUUUGCAAUCCGUCCGGAGGAAAAAGCACCGAGUUAGUGAGGAGGGUGGUGAUGAGGGGGGGGGGGGGGGGGGGGGGGGGGCGUCGUCACAAUCUGCAGGAGAAGAGAACAAAUGAUUCAGCCAGCUACUCAUUAGCUGAUGAACAAUAUGUAUGAUCCUGCCUUCAUCUUUAGAAAGGACUGUUGUACAGCACAAGGCAUUCUGGGAAAUGUGUCCAGCUCCAGUUUGGGGUUUCUUGUGUUCCACAUCCAGGGGGUGCCACUCUCUCUGUAUACCAGCAGCCAGACUGUCUGAACUUCCUGUUGAUUUCCCCCUUCUGAUGUUCCUAAUUGAUAAGGAGAAGGUGGUGAGCACACACAGCUGGUAACAACAAACCCUUCCUCUCUUCGGUACACACACUCUGUCUCACUACAUGUUUCUAAACCUGUUGUGAAUGUGUGAACACUUAUUGGAUCUUCUUUUCGAUAUCUGACUGUUUAUGCCAGAGUUACUUUUCUAAGCAGGUUGAUUGUUCACCUGCCAUGUGCGCCAGUUUCAGAUGUCACUCUUCAUAUUUCCAGUUUAAGAUGGUUCUUUACUGUAAUAUUAUGUUUGAUUUACAUGCAGUGGUUGACCACCUGUUUAUUUAUUUUAUUUGAUCAAACUCCAGUGUACAUCUUUGAAUCGAUUAAUUGAAUGCCAGCAUGGGCAUGUAACAGGUCAGUUUCCCACAGAUUUUUGACUUAAAGGUCCCAUGUCAUGGCCAUUUCUACUGAUCAUAAUUCCAUUGUUGAGGUCUACUAGAAUAGAUUUAAAUUGUGCAAUGUUCUAAACUCACAUUGGUUUCUCAUACAGCAUCUCUGUAUAGUAUGUGUAUUCACUCUCUGUCCUAAACGGCUUGUUGGAGCUCCUGCCCCCCCCCCCCCCCUGUGAGCCCAGUGGCCGUCUGCGAGACACAGCCCGAAAGAAAAAGUGAAAUCUCCAACGAGGCGUUCUGGGGCAGCAUAGACAAGUCUUUUCUGUGUUAGAGUUUUACUCGCUACAGGGUGUACUUUGAGGGUGACCGUUUACAUGCAGGAAAAGCUACAUAACACACAAGGGGACGGGUAAUAACCAGAAAAGCAUGACAUGGGACCUUUAAAUCUGAACAAAAGAAUAAUGUUUUCUUGAUCAACAUUGGAUUGCUCAAAAGCAUUUUUAUUUUGUCCGUAGGUAAACUUAAGGGUGUUUCACAAGCCAACUUUUAAUACGUUUUAAUGAUACUAAAGGAAAAUCAUUUUAUAUUUGGCACGUGAAACCGAACCGGGCUAAUAGAAAAUAAACCAAGAGUAUCAAUCCGCUCUGAUUUUGGAAUAGCCAAAAGCUCUCUAAAGGGAGAAAGACAGGUCCCAAACACAUCUAACAAUUUGCUUUUGCAUUUGUUUAUUAGAUAUAUUUAAAAUGACCAAAAAGGACCAAUGCCACUUUGUUCUAGUGAACUUUCUUUAUAAAAAAAAUAGAAGUACAAGUCUGACCUGGUUCAGUUAAGAUGUACAAUAGUUGAGUCUUCAUUGAGGAGUAGCAGGUUCAAAAGGUGUUUACUGUAACAUGUCAUCAUUCCCUUCAGUGUUUCUUCAAUCUGUCUGUUUCAGGACCAACUCGGAUAGGUUUUUAAGAAGUGUUAAGAGAGAUAAUAGUCCCAGUUUACAGGCUACUAAAAGCUUGUGCGUGUUUACAAUCUCACAUUUAGUUUUAUCACCACCAUAUGUUCUAUCAGCUGCGAAGAACUGCUCACUCCUCUCUUCCUGCAAAAAGGGAGACUCAGCGCUCACUGAACUUUGGAUAAAGGGAACUCUGGCAAUCUUGAAUUUUUCUUCUGGAGGAGGAUGAAAUUAAAUCUGACCCUCCCUUCAUGUACACAAAGGGAGUUUUUUUGUAACCUUUUGCAGCUAGUCCGUGCUGGAGCUGUUACUGUAUGUGUAGUAAUUGAUUUAAUGUACCUUUUUUUUAAUUUGUAUCUAUUUAUUUUUUCUUAACGACUGUCAUGAUGUCAAAAUGAGGAUUAUACUCUUGGUAUUUGCACACAUUUUCUUCAGUGUGAACAAAACAGCUUUGUUUGUGAGAUGGAAAAUACAUGGAAAGAAUAUUUAAAAAGACAUUUAUAGACCUGUAUAACUUUCCUAAACGUUAAGUAAUUGGUGAACUCCUUAAAAAUGUUUAUUUCCCCAUGUGAUUCUUAAUCUUAAAGGAUAACUUAUAUUUCCCUUUGCUGUUUACUGAGUAGCCCUGAACAUAAGCAGUUAUUAUGAGAGUAAAAGUAAAGUAAGAGACAAUGCAUUAGGAAGUUGAAUUAUCCUUUUAGGAGAGUUUUAACGGAGAGCAUUGGGUUAGGGUUAGGGUUAGGGUUAGGGUUAACCCACAUCUUUUGAUUCCUGUAACCAAAGGGAAAUGUUUCAUACUGCCUUUCUUCAAAGUGUAGUUUGGGUGUGUGUCUUUCAAUGCAUUUACUGUAUUGCGUGAUGCUUCAUAAUGAGCAUGUGACGGAGAGAUUUAAAUGUGUAAAUAUUUAUUAAAAAGCCCCUUGUUAACUCAAGUCGUGGACAACAGUGAGGAGAAGAUAAGGAUCAGGGUUUUCACAUAUGACCAUUAACACUUAGAUUAGAGCUAGUAUCACAUGAUUAAAAUGCAUCGUCUCAUCACGUUUGACUUAUGUUGACAACUGUUUUAAGUGAGUUUAAAAAGGGUUGCCUAAAGAGGGUUCACUAUGGCAGGGCAGAGUAUUAGCAGGUCGUAAGAGAGUAUUCGACUUCUGUAAAUGUGAAUGCAGGCGAGUUGCAAUAUUGAUGGAAUGAUCAAAGUGUCCAUUAAAGACUAUAGCGGUUUAUUGGAAACAGCGUGGAGCAUGUAGAGCUCGAUAACGCUGUGUUUCAGAUACAGGUAAAGAUAGUAUUAGCUCGAUUUAGACCUUAUCUAGCUCAUCUAGGGUUUGAAUGUAAAGAUUGUAAUGUACACCCAUGAUACGCUUGCUUUUUCCCCCUGUAAACCCCACAACUUUUGUCUUGUGCAAAACUUUUCUAAUGUAUCUUCAAUCAACCUGAAUUGUCUCUUGAGUGCAAUGUUUGGAAAUGUAUUUUAUUUUUGUAAGGAGAGCGUUAUUAUUCAGAAGAGGAGAGAGAGUCAGAGAGGCACAAACCUGCUUUUCGCGAAAAUGAGGGCUUGUUCGGUUUACAAUGGCCUUAUUUUGUGUAGGAGACAUUGCUUCACUAUUGUAGCACACAACUGAACGUUUUGACAAAUGUAUUUUGCUUGAAAUAUUCUACCGAAGUUAUAUAUGUGUAUAUGUAUAGUUUUAUGAAUGUAUUUCUUAAUCCUUACACCAGAACUGAGUGUACUUUGUUGUCAUCUUGUUGGCUAUACUGUCUCUUUGAGGACUUUCCAGGGAUCUCGCCUGCAUUGUUUCAGGCUGCCCCUUCUACUGUAUACUGUAUGUCCUUUUCUUUGUGUGUUCACUUUAAAAGAACAGCUCUGUGGUUGAAACAAGCAUGAAUUCUACGUGGCGAAAACGCACUUUUGAUGUAUUUAAAAUGCCACGAUGGGUUUAAAACAGAAAAGAUUGCUAUUCCCCUUGUAACUGAAACUCGAUUUAUCUAUCAAGCUGAUUGAGUUAUCAUUUCUGUGCUUUGAACUUGAAAAUGUUUGCUGCAUGAUUAACACUUUUCCUGUAUUUAAUCUUUAUGAUGGUCUGAUUACGAUGAAAAUAACUAUGAUAAUGACACAUGUUGAGGAAGUCAAUUAGACCCAGUACGAUGUUAAUUCAUUGAGAUGCAAAAAGAAAAUGCUGUAUCUUCAAGUAGCAUGGUGUUAGCUUUCCACUUUCUGAAAUACUUCUUGCAAUAACCAUUUGGCUGUAGCCUUUUGUCACUCAUUAGAGUAAGGUUGUGGGAACCUCAGGCCAAAUUUGUAUCAGCUCACAACCAUAACAAAUAUUAUUUUUAAGUCAGAUCACAAUUUCAAGCACUAGAAGCAAUGUAGACUCAGCAGAGCAUGCGUCGCAUUGUGAAUAACUUUCUGAAAGCCGCCAUGAGCAACAAAUUCUUUUUUUUAAAUUUCCUUUCCUUUCCUAAUGAAGCAUGCAUUCCAAAUAUCUGUUUACAGAUGUAGCAACGGUCAACAAGACAUUACUGCUGAGCUGAUGGGCAAAUGGGUUUGUCUUCAUCCACGUCUAUAAAUGUUGUUGAUCACAGCACAAGUCUCCUUAGUAGCCAUCCUGUCCUUUUUUAGAUAUUUGUCAAACUAUAUUAAGACCACUGUAGCUCCCCUCGCCAGUAUUAAGACAACCUUCAUCUUAAAGCCCAGCAAAGCACAUUUUGAACUUCCAAAACGUAGGGAACAGCUUUGAAGAGCGUUGACUUUAAUGGAGCACAUAUUGUAAAGAUGCCUAGAACACAAAUCUGAAGCUGCAGGAAAACAUUCAGCACAGUUCAAAUUGGAUUGCGGGUGAUGCUGGAUGAUUGGUUGUCUUUUCUAAACCGGCCUUAACCUUUUCACCGAGGAGUGUUCACAGAGUACAUUUUAAAGGGCAACGCAUAGCUGACCGUCUAUUGAAAGGAUGCUUAUGAAGAGGAAAAAGGGAGCUGUAAUUUUAUACCUGUGCUUUGUAAAUGUUUUCUAUGUGCAGUAUUUGAUAAUGUAAAACUGGUAUUUUUGUGGUUUGUACGCUGCAGAAUUGAUUACUUAAGGUGCACGUAGUUUUGUAAGAAAAUAGAAUCAAACGGAGAACAAAAAAAAACUAUUUCUGAAUCAGAAGCCUGUAUUUGCAUGCCCUUUGACAUCUGGACGCAAGGUCAAUAAAGUUUAUUUGAAUCACACAUAUUUGUCAGCUGUGUAUUUUAAGAUAUUCUGAUUAAAUAAUGUGUUAAAU